AUGGCAGCAGACAUCACGAACCAGCUCGCUGCGGCGAGCCUGAACGAGUCGUCGGCCGACUGGAAGAACGGCCUCCACGCACCCCCGAAGGACAACAGAGUACAGACCGAAGAUGUCACGGCAACCAAGGGCUUGGAGUUCGAGGAUUUCUACAUUAAGAGAGAGCUGAUGAUGGGCAUCUUCGAGGCUGGCUUCGAGAAGCCGUCGCCCAUCCAAGAAGAGACUAUUCCCGUCGCCUUGACUGGCCGUGACAUUCUGGCCCGCGCCAAGAACGGCACCGGCAAGACGGCCGCCUUCGCUAUUCCAACUCUCGAGCGCAUUAACCCCAAGAGCACCAAGACUCAGGCCCUGAUCUUGGUGCCGACGAGAGAGCUCGCUCUCCAGACCUCGCAGGUCUGCAAGACCCUGGGCAAGCACCUGGGCAUCAAUGUCAUGGUCACCACCGGAGGCACAGGCCUCAAGGACGACAUCAUCCGUUUGAGUGAGCCGGUCCACAUCAUUGUGGGUACGCCGGGUAGGAUAUUGGAUCUGGCCAGCAAGGGCGUGGCCGAUCUGUCGUCUUGUCCCACCUUCGUUAUGGAUGAGGCUGACAAGCUUCUUUCCCCCGAAUUCACUCCCGUCAUUGAACAGCUACUGGCCUUCCACCCCAAAGAUCGCCAGGUCAUGCUCUUUUCUGCAACUUUCCCCAUUGUCGUGAAGAGCUUCAAGGACAAACACAUGAAUCAACCGUACGAAAUCAACCUGAUGGACGAACUUACCCUUCGCGGUAUCACACAGUACUACGCCUUCGUUGAGGAGAAGCAGAAGGUCCACUGCUUGAACACGCUCUUCAACAAGCUCCAGAUUAACCAGUCCAUCAUUUUCUGCAACUCGACCAAUCGCGUCGAGCUUCUUGCCAAGAAAAUCACCGAACUUGGCUACUCGUGCUUCUACUCUCACGCCAAGAUGCUUCAGCACGCCCGUAACCGUGUCUUCCACGACUUCAGGAACGGCGUGUGCCGCAACUUGGUUUGUUCCGAUCUUCUCACCCGCGGUAUCGAUAUUCAGGCCGUCAAUGUCGUCAUCAACUUCGAUUUCCCCAAGAAUGCCGAGACGUACCUCCACCGUAUCGGUCGUUCUGGUCGUUUUGGCCAUCUGGGUUUGGCCAUCAACUUGAUCAACUGGGACGACCGCUUCAACCUCUACAAGAUUGAGCAGGAGCUCGGCACCGAGAUUCAGCCGAUUCCCCAGACCAUCGAGAAGAAGCUCUACGUCUACGAGUCCCCGGAGAGCAUUCCUCGGCCCAUUUCCAAUGCUCCAGCAAACAGGGGACCUCCUCAGCAAUCCCCGCAUCCGCAGCAACCCCAGCAACCCCAGCAGGGACAGCCCCAGGAACUGGACCCGAACGCUCCUCGCGGAAACGCCCCGCACGGCGGCCGCGGCGGAUAUAGAGGACGUGGUGGCUACGUAGGCCAGCGCCGUGGUGGCGGCCAGCGCAAUGGGUAUAACGGACAACGUGCACCGCGGCCUCAGGCAUAA